UAGUGUCAAUAAAAGCAACUUAUGAUUCCAAUUUUAAUUCAAUAUUCCCCACUCAAAGAUGAUAACAGUUUGCUCACCUUGAAAAACCAUUUAAAUAAAAUUGUUUUAAGAUUUUGAGACAGUUUUUCAUCGUACGUUCUAUCGGUGCAUCCAUAUUAAUAUAAACAUACUCCAGCACUCAGUGUUAGAGCUUUUGUUCUAGUCUUUUCAAAAAAUAGUACAAUGAGUAAAAUUAAGGCGGGACCCGUUGUGGAUAUUCUAGGCGAUGAAAUGACCCGUAUUAUAUGGGAUUCCAUUAAGCAAAAACUCAUCUUGCCCUAUUUGGAUAUUGAUUUAAAAAUUUACGAUCUGGGAAUUGAAAACAGAGACAAAACAAAUGAUCAGGUAACUGUUGACUGUGCAGAAGCUGUUAAAAAAUAUAACGUAGGCAUUAAAUGCGCCACAAUAACUCCAGAUGAAAAACGAGUUGAAGAAUUCAAGCUGAAGCAAAUGUGGAAGUCUCCCAACGGUACUAUUAGAAAUAUUUUGGGUGGAACUGUUUUUCGGGAGGCCAUAAUUUGUAAAAACAUCCCAAGAUUAGUAACAGGAUGGGAAAAACCUAUUAUUAUUGGAAGGCAUGCUCAUGCAGAUCAAUACAAAGCAACAGAUUUUGUUGUUCCUGGUGCUGGACAAUUAGAAUUGGUAUUUAGUGGUUCAGAUGGCCAGCAGAUUAAACACACGGUCCACCAAUACCAGGGUCCUGGGGUAGCAUUAGGCAUGUUCAAUACUGAUGAAUCAAUUAUUGCUUUCGCCCACUCUUCAUUCCAAUACGCGCUCGAUAGAGAAUUGCCACUGUAUCUAAGCACUAAAAAUACUAUUUUGAAACGAUAUGAUGGUCGUUUUAAGGAUAUCUUUCAAGAUAUCUAUGACAGGGAGUACAAACCUCGAUUUGAGGCCAAGAAAAUCUGGUACGAGCAUCGUCUUAUUGAUGAUAUGGUGGCUUAUGCCAUGAAAUCAGAGGGGGGUUUCGUAUGGGCUUGCAAGAAUUAUGAUGGGGAUGUUCAGAGCGAUUCUGUGGCGCAGGGCUAUGGCUCCUUGGGUUUAAUGACCUCUGUGUUGGUCUGCCCAGAUGGCAAAACUGUGGAAGCUGAAGCGGCUCAUGGCACUGUCACUCGUCAUUAUCGGAUGUACCAAAAGGGCCAGGAGACCUCCACCAACCCAAUUGCAUCCAUUUUUGCAUGGACCAGAGGAUUACUACAUCGCGCCAAGCUGGAUAACAACAGAGAAUUAGAGAAUUUUGCUAAUAUAUUGGAAGCGGUUUGCAUUGAAACCAUAGAAUCUGGUUUUAUGACUAAAGAUUUGGCUAUAUGCAUCAAAGGUAUGAGCAAAGUGCAGAGGUCUGAUUACCUGGAGACAUUUGAGUUUAUGGACAAGUUGGCGGACAAUUUAAAAAAGAAGUUACAGUCUUCUUGACUUUCCAAGCUCUAGUGACAUGACGGGCCUCAUUCAUUCUUUGAUUACAUUUUAGGUAUUCAAGUGUAUUGCAAUUUCUUUGACUGAACUCUUUUUUGUUGAAUAUUAUUGGUGAAAGGAUAUGUAUGUAUUUUAAUAUUAAAAUGUAUUUUGCACCAACAGUAAUAUAUGUCAUUUUGAAAAAAUAUUU